AUGUCUAAAUUAGAUCAGCAAAAAAGCAAAUUGAAAACCAUUGAUGAUACAUUGAAACGAAUAGAGGAAUAUGUACAGUCAUAUAGUCCUGGGGUCAGUAUCAAUCAAUUAAAAGCACGAUUAUCACUUCUUGACGGAAUUAGAAACGAUUUUAACGAAACUCAAUACCAGAUAGAGCAACUUGAAAAGGGAGCCGCAGAAGCCUAUGAAGGCUGCAGAUCGGAAUUUGAAAUUCGUUAUUGCGAUGUUGUGUGUCUUAUAAACGAUAUUAUAGAAAAAAGUCUCGCGGUUUCGGUUCCAUCGACUUCUUUAUUGCUUAACCCUACGGACGGUAAAAAUCCACGAGAUUCUAAUGACAGCAUGCAGUUGAAUCUACCUGUUUUAAAUAUCAAAUCAUUUAGUGGCGAUUACAAAGAAUGGUUAAAUUUUGAAAAUUCGUUCAAAUCGGUGAUAGAUGAGAAUAAGGCGUUAAAUAACCGUCAGCGAUUUCAGUAUUUAAAGUCUUCCUUGCGCGACGAAGCCUUGCGUACCAUUGAAUCUUUAGUUAUUAACGAUGAAAAUUAUAAAGAGGCAUGGAGAUUACUAGCUAAUCGGUUCAAAAAUACUCGUUUAAUAGUGCAAGAUCACGUAAUGUCCAUUUUAAAUGCUCCUAGUAUAAAUAAGCAAUCACCAUCCUUAUUGCGGGCUCUUGUCGAUACGGUGGUGUCGAAUUUAACGUCUCUAAAAUCAUUAGGAAUAACGGUGGACAAAUGGGAUGCAUUACUUAUUCCUAUCAUUGUAGAAAAGUUGGAUUAUAGUACAAAACGUGAAUGGCAACUUUCCCUCGAUAAAGAUGUACCGACUUACAAACAGUUUAUUGACUUUCUAGAAAAACGUUGUUUAAUGUUGGAAUCAUUAAGUUAUAUGUCGAAUAAUAAAACAUCAAAUGAAGGAAAGGUUUAUUAUAAACAAAAUAAUUAUUUCAACAAAUCAAAGACUGUUUCUCACAUAACCACUAAUAAAAAACAAGCAUCUUGUUCAAUGUGUAAAAAAUCAUCUCAUUUAAUUUUUCAGUGUAUAGAUUUUUUGAAAAUGUCAAUUCCCGAGCGUAUAGCGCAAGUUAAACGUCUUAAAUUAUGCAUCAAUUGUCUCCGAGAGAAUCAUCAGGUUGCUACAUGUCGUACCAGUCAUAAAUGUCAAGCUUGUAACAAAAAACAUAAUACGUUAAUACAUACAGACGAAGCUGACGCCGAUGAAAAUAGUUCAGUAACUUUAAGUAAUCAUUCUUCUAGUUUAUUAAAAUGCUCAGAUUCCGUUUUACUAUCAACGGCUGUAGUUCUUAUUAAAAAUGCUAAAAAUGAAUAUGAAAUUUGUAGAGCUUUGUUGGAUCCAGGUUCUAUGUCCAAUUACAUAACUGAACCGAUGAUUAAAAAACUAAAAUUGAAUACGGAACAAAUAAAUAUUCAAAUUAAGGGUUUAAAUGGAGCGGCAAGUUCUUCUCAAAAGCAAGUUUUAGAUGUGGGUAUAAAAUCUAUUUAUAAUGCGUACUCAACAAAAAUAAAUUGCAUCGUGGUGAACAAAAUAACCGAAAAUCUUCCGUUAGUGUCUAUCAACCCCUCAUCUUUGGAAAUUCCCAAAACCAUAAAACUAGCAGAUCCCAAGUUUUUCGAAUCGGGUACAAUAGAUCUUUUGAUAGGAGCCGGCCUUUUUUGGAAUUUACUUUGCAUAGGCCAAUUGUCCUCGCCGGGCAGUGGGUUAAUAUUUCAAAAAACACAUUUAGGGUUUAUUGUGGGAGGCCCCCUCGGUACCAUAAACUUACCGACAAAUUUUACAACAUGCAAUAUUUCCAUAUCCGGACCCGACCCCGGCUUAGAAAUACAGGCAAGAAAGAUUUGGGAAUUGGAAAAACCAGUAAUUACGGCGGAUUACGAUAAGAAUGCGUCUAACGAAGACGAAAUUCUUUGUGAAACCCACUUCCGGGAAACUGUCCAACGGGACCAUGACGGGCGAUUUAUUGUGCGGUUGCCCAUUAACAAUAACAAAAUAAAUAUUGGUAAUUCACGAAAUGCAGCUCUCAAACGCUUUUUUAGUCUUGAAAGGAAUUUGAUCAAAAACCCACACGUUAAAACAAAUUAUGUAGAUUUCAUGUUAGAAUACCAAAAUUUAAAUCAUAUGGAAUAUUUAAGCCAACCACCCAACGACAACAAUUGCGUUUAUUUGCCUCACCACGCCGUGCAAAAGGAGUCUAGUACGACAACAAAAUUAAGAGUUGUUUUUGACGCGUCGGCAAAAACUUCAAACAAACAAAGUCUAAACGAUAAUUUGCUAGCUGGGGCGGUAUUACAACAAGACCUAUUUUCAAUAAUAGUACGCUUUAGAACAUUUCAGUACGUGUUAAACGCUGAUAUAGCGAAAAUGUAUCGUCAGAUUAAGAUACAUCCCAACGAUACGAAUUAUCAAUUAGUUCUUUGGCGGAAUCAUCCAUCCGAACCACUAAAUACGUAUCGUCUUUUGACACUAACAUAUGGUACUAAACCGGCAAGUUUUAUUGCUACGCGGUGUUUGAAGGAGUUAGCUGAUCAAAACCAAGCUAGGUACCCUGUCGCGAGCGAAAUCAUUCGUCGAGAUUUUUAUAUGGACGACCUUUUAACCGGAGCUGACUCGAUCGAAGAUUUAACUAAAAUAAAAAAUGAUGUAACGGCCAUAUUGAAGCAGGGUCAAUUUGAACUGCGAAAAUUUCAGUCAAACGAACUAAUAAGUGUUUUAUCUAAUAAUGAUAAUUUCCAUGAUUCGAACCUACAAUUGCAUAAGGAUAAAUUUACAAAAAUUUUAGGUUUGUAUUGGAACCCUACCGUCGAUAAUUUAAGUUACGAGAUUAUACUGAAAAAUAUACCUAAUAAAGUAACCAAACGCGCCAUACUUUCGGUAACGGCCCAAAUAUUUGAUCCGUUAGGGUUGCUCGGACCCAUCAUAAUGCAUGCUAAAUUAAUUUUGCAACGUUUAUGGACGCUGAAACUGGGUUGGGAUGAAUCAGUACCUCCCGAUAUAUAUACGUCUUGGAUUACCUUUUUAAGCAGUUUGAAGCAUAUACGUCAAAUUAAAGUGCCAAGAAAAAUUAUACCCGUUGCAUUUUCCGACAUUAGCGAAAUGUCCACACUCUUAAUACGCAUUGAAGCAUGUUCAAAUUCAAGACGUUUAACCCCCUUAUCGUCCGAUCCCAACGACCUGAGCAUCCUAACACCCGGUCACUUCCUCAUCGGAGAGCCAUUAACUUCCUUUCCAGAAUACGAUGUGACGGAGGUGCCGAUUAAUAAACUGUCAAUUGGUGGAAAAAAUUCGCACGCAUUUUUGGCGACGCUGGAGUCGCGAGUACCUAACGCAAAUUGCAAAUGGCAGAAACAGCAAGAGCAUUACAGCAGAAAAUGUACCACCUCUCACAUGGAAAACCGGACGGAUCACGGUUUUUAUCCAGGCGACGACGGUGUAGUGCGGGUGGUAACAAUCAAAACUGUUCAUGGACUCACCAAACGCGCCUUACGUAAAGUGUGCGUUUUACCCAUAGUGCGCGAUCAAUUGACAUUACUUAUGAUGCGAACUGACUAUUAUAGGUGCUACCCUUCUAGGCCAGCCAGUCGUAAUAUGUUGAAGGACGCACCUUCAAGAGGGGAAGUCAUGUGUGGUACCACCCGGAGUUCUCGGCUGCUCGGCUCUCGUCGGGUGUUCGGUACCACCCCCAAAUUUAUUUAUGACCGCCCUCCUGGACGAACGAGUGGCGGACGCAGAGUCACCAACAACCCGUCAACGGGCACGCGUCGCGAAAACACAUAA